GUCAAUCUGCCGUUCGCCAUAUACAAUAUAAAUCUCUGUGCAUCCGACCGAGUUGAGUCCAAGAAACUGAACAGGUCCGUCGCAUAUUCAAGAUGCCCGUCUUUACAGAAUUUUCCUCCGAGUCACGAGAUCUUCGUGUUCUCCCUUCCUUUGCUCUUCCAUUGCCUCGACUCACUCCGCCUUUUGAGCCCACCAGAAACGAUGGAGUUGAACGAUAUGAGGUGGUGGUUGCUGGGGCCGGACCGGCGGGCCUCAUGAUGGAGCUUUUGCUGGCCAGAUAUGGGUUGGAUGACGCUUCCCUACUAUGCAUUGACUCCAAGGCAAGCACCCUAAAAUCCGGUCAGGCAGAUGGUGUUCAACCCCGGACGUUGGAAGUGUUCAAAACACUUGGCAUUUCAGACGAGAUUGAGAAUGAGGCGUGCCAGAUGUGGCAAUUUGCCUUUUGGAAGACUUCUGCAGACGCAGCAAAGACCAUUGAGCGCAAGUCCGUUGUCCCAAAUGUGGUACCGCCAGCCCGCUUUCGCUAUGAAGCUACUAUGCACCAGGGCCGGAUCGAACGAAUCAUGGAGACCGAUCUGCUGCGUUACUCCAAGAGAGGAGUGCAGAGAGAUACUAAACUGCUUCAUGUCCAGAUUGAGGAGGAUGACCCGGAGUUUCCAGUUCUCGCUGAGAUCGAGACUGGCGGCGUCAGAAGAGUGAUUCGUACCAAACACCUCAUUGGUGCCGAUGGAGCACACUCGGCGGUUGGCAAGUGCAUGGGGUUGAGGUUGGAAGGCCAAUCGCUGGAUCAUAUAUGGGGCGUCGUGGAUAUGGUUGUGGAUACGAAUUUUCCAGACAUCCGCAAACGGUGUGCUAUUCAUUCUCCUGCUGGCUCUGUGAUGGUCAUUCCGAGAGAGCGGAUCGUAACGGGUGAGUAUCUCACUCGACUCUACGUACAAGUGCCAGGACUGGCAAAACCGGAUAGCGACGUGACACUGGGGAGAAUCUCCCCAGUUUCGAAUCUCGAAGAUGCCAGGAUACGCCGAGGCAAGGUGACACUGGAAGGAAUCCUGAAGCAAGCUUCGGAUGCGUUCAAGCCAUAUUACUUGAGACCGAAAAAUGCAACUGUCGAUUGGUGGGCCGCUUACCAGAUCGGCCAACGGAUCUCGCCCGAGUUCUUCGCGAAGGACUCUGCUGGAGUUCCCAGAGUAUUCAUUGUCGGAGAUGCCUGCCAUACUCAUAGCCCCAAGGCUGGCCAAGGAAUGAAUGUGUCCAUGAUGGACUCCUACAAUCUUGCCUGGAAGCUAGCCUACCACCUUCAUGGCCUCACUCCGGCUUCCGAGCAAGGGAAGCCGGACCCCCUUCUCGAGACCUACCAUCUGGAACGGCAUGCCAACGCGCAGCAGCUGAUUGACUUUGAUCGCAAAUUCUCUACCAUCUUCUCCGGUCAGCUAGAUACAGAGGAGUCCGGCAUGUCCCAUGCGGAGUUUGUGGAAACGUUUAAUACCGGCAACGGCUUCACCAGCGGCUGCGGGGUGGAAUAUGCCGAGAAUAUGAUCGUUGUCAGGGAGGCAAGCCCCGUUCAUGGCGACGACUACUUGUCUGGCAUACUCCGACCGGGCAGGCGAUUGCUGAAUGUGAAGUUGAGGCGAUACGCAGACGGAUGGUGCCGGGACAUCCAAGAUGACCUGGCAUCGACCGGGCGGUUCCGUAUUCUGACGCUCACCUCGGACGAUCUCCUCAACGCUCACGGUGUGUCCGCGCGGGCAUUGCAUAACGUGACCGCAUUGCUGGCAAGGUUCCCGAUCGGCGUCAUUGAACAGAUUGUCGUCCACCCGCAGCUCUCAAAUGACUUUGAAUGGGACAGCAUUCCUGCGUGUGUGAAAGAACAGGCGGAGAUGCGCUUUUACAACGGACACGACGUGGAGGACGCCUACACGAUCUACGGGGUGGACCCUGGUCAGGGGGCAGUGGUGGUGGUACGGCCGGACGGGUAUGUUGGGAUGGUCGCGCAACUGGGUAAUGUGGACCGAGUCAAGGAGUACUUCUGUCGUUGUAUCCGAACGACCGAGGAAGUCGAUCUAGGAACCGCAUGUUGAGUUCAGGUGGCCCCAGGCCGAGAUUUGAGGCACACGGCACCUUAACCGUGGAAUUCCGAGGUCGUCCCGUGGGACAGCUGGCGAUUCA